AUGCUCCUACGAACACAACACCUUGAUGCUACAGACCCUAAAGACAAGAUAUUCGCUGUCCACGGCUUGCUUUCGCAACUUGGAGCUCAUUUGCCAGACCCAGACUACUCGAAAUCGAUCCAACUAGUCUAUCAGGAGGCUGCUACUGUUGCCAUCAACCACGACAAUCGACUGCACAUCCUUGCUUCACUUACGGGUGAGAGUGGGAUCGAGGGGCUUCCAUCAUGGGUUCCUGACUGGUCUUGUAAUCGACCCAUAUCCGAAAUAGCAUCUUGGGACGACUAUAACGUAAAAAGAGCGACUAAACCAUGGUUCAAGUUUUCGGCAGACGGAAAACGUCUGAAAUUAUGGGGUGCAGAGGUCGACAAGAUCGAGGAGCACUCAAUCCCAUUCGUAGCUCGCUACAAUUUUCACGAUGUCGUAGGACAUGGUUAUCCGAUACGCGAGAUAAGAAUAUUGCAAAGAUGGUUUGAGAGGCUUGAAGAGGAUCCGCACCCAACAAGCUUAGUCGAAUUCUUCUCCGGUUUGAGCGAAAAGCCUUGGACACGCAUGAAGUCUCAAUUCAAUCUUUCUACCGAUGUACUUUCAAAAUACUGGAUAAAAGCCAUCAAGCGCUUCAAAAAGGACGGAUGGACCUACAACGGAGCCCGCUAUAUUGAUGCGGAUCUGCGUUGGCGGGCCACCGAAAGCGCUAUGAACGACGGCAUGAAAGAGAAACAUGUAAGGGGAGACAUUACACCUUUUCACGAUCUCAUGCGAACGCUCCUGGACCGCAAGGUUAUGUUCGUAACCAAAAGAGGACACCUAGGGAUCGCAUCCCAAGCUAUACAAGAUGACGACCGUAUCGUCUUCUUCCGUGGGGUAAGUCUGCCCAUGGUCGUUCGCCAGGUGAAAUCGAAGUGGCGGCUUGUUGCACCAGCAUAUAUACACAACGGGAUGGAGGACAUAUCUAACUCCGAAACAAUACUCAAUAAACUACAGGCUUUGUUGGUAACAGACCAAGUGCAGAAGUUCGACAUCGUCUAG